UGUGGUGUGGCGGGGGGGGGGGGACAGUCUCGGGUAAUGCAAAAACCUUCUCGUCAUGACUCCAUGCUGCUGUUAGCAGGUAGCUGGUGCAGCAGUCCUUUCUGACUGUUGAGUCAACAGCAGCAGGGAAGAGACGCACUCGCACACACAAGCUGAGAUGCAAUGACACGGGCACCGGUUCGCUCCUUCGACGACUGGGACUGACACCCAAAGAUUAUUUGUUUUCGUUUUUUUUUUUUUUUGGGUGGGGGGGAGGCGUGUUUGCUUGGACGUUUUGUCUAAGCCCUUCACUUAAUGCUCCCAGACUUGCGCGAGCGAGCGUGCGGGCUUGCUGCUGAUUUCGAUUCAACUUGCUGCAAGCUACCGCUAGCUGGCUGGCCGCUAACCCCCGCAGGCGCCCGAGUGGCCGCACAAAACAUGUGGAUCGCCGCGGCGGAGACCCCCGGGACCAGUCUGGCUUUGCUCCGCGGGACGCGAGUUUCAAGCGGCCGCUGACUGGACGCCACCGAAGCCUCUGCGGGAGGAGGAGAAAGAGCGACAAAUCUCCAGGACCAGAUUGCCCACCCAACAUUUUGCCUCUCAGCCAGACGGCCAGAGACCAUGCUGACCAUCCUCGCUGCCGGCUCUGUCUUCUUCCCGGGCCUCUUCCUUCUGUCCAAGCAGUGCCUCAAGUCCAUCCCGGCGCUGCGAUGGAGCGAAGGCGACGCCGUCAUCGUGUCCGCCAGGUUGGUGUCAUCGGUUCAGGCGGUCAUGGCUUCUUCAGCCGGCUACAUUAUCGCCUCUUCCUGCGAUGACAUCAUCGAGGAUCAGCACUGGUUGACCAGCACGUACAUCAUGUUCGCCGUUCCCUACUUCGUGUACGACAUCUACGCCAUGUUCAUGUGUUACUGGUACAAACUGAGGGUCAAGGGGCACGAGGAGGCCUCGGCCGCCCCCCAGCACAUGGCGUCGGCGCUGACCAGCUACCUGCGCCGCGAGUUCCUCAUGGUGCUGCACCACGUCGUCAUGGUUACCAUCUGCUUCCCCAUUUCUGUGUUUGUGCGCCAAGGAAGGGGAGAUUAUUUCCAGGGCAUCAUGUUCAUGGCCGAGCUCAGCACUCCGUCGGUCUGCUUAGGAAAAAUACUCAUCCAGGGGCGCCCUGCGACUCUUCACGGGCUCCUCCCGCUCACAGAGACGGCGCCCCGGCGCGGCCACGGCGGACGGCGGCGAGGCGGCGCCCCAGCCGGCCAACGGCUACAGAGCGCCCUCCGCGGAGCCCGACCUGGCCACCCACUGAGAGGAGUCGGGGGGUGGGCGGGGCGGCGGCGGGUGCGCCGGGAGGAGAGGCGAAUGUACCAAUGUCACGGGGAGUGGGGGGGGGGGGUAGAACAAGUAGCAACGCAGCGAAGGCUAAAAAAGCUACAAAUGAUGUCCUCAAAUAGCGCCGGAGUCUUCGCAGGCGGCACGCAGCAACCUCUCCAACCUGCCGAGAGUUUUGUCUGCCGGCCUUCAAGGACUUUGGCUUCUCACUUUGCAGGAAUACCAAACGGGCGCCGCGGCGCUCCGAAGAUGUCAUCGGGCACCGCGACGGGAAGGAACGCGCGGCGUUGACGCGUGAGGAUUUUAGCCCCGGAUGUAUAGCGAGCGUAGGCGAACCCAUUUCCUUCAUGUAGUUCAAACCGUGACCUCUCGGGGGGGAGAGCACGUCCAUAGGAAUGUAUUAUAUUGUACGUUAGAACAUUUGCUGUAGACGGAAGGCCGAAUUCAAGUAUCGCAACCAAGAAGACAAAAAAAAAAAAAAAAAAAAACAAUCCCAGCUAAAAGAGUAUUUCGGCUUGUUAGUGUUUCUCUGUAUCCUCGAUGUAGUCACCGUCACUCUUAACAACAUGUAUGAAGCAACCUGCAGAGUGAAAGAUGAUCUCAUAAGACUGUAUUCUGCUGCCUUAUCCCCCCCCCUUUUUUUUUUUCCACUAUUCUUUUGCUUUCUACUUGAUUUUCAUCCUCAGAGGAGGCGGGACAAUUGUGACGGGUGUACAUAGCUCCGAGGCGAAGCCCGGAUUUCCACGUCAGUAUUAGGACAGACAGCGUUCCGUUAAAAAGAUAAAAGAAAAUCGACGCCGGAUCGACGCCACCUCACCUCAGUUCGUUUACACAACCGACACCCCCCCCC